UUCUAAAUAGGAGAAUUAAUUUAGAAUUAGGUCAGACAGACACUAACUAUUAUUGUAAAUAUUAUAUUUACUUUCUAAUUCACAGACACACUUUAAUGUCAGCCAUAUUUUGUUAAUAUAACCUCUCUGUUCUAAGCAUUUCUAUGUCAGUCUCUCUCUCUAUAUCAGACAUGUUUGUGUUAUAUAGACUUAUGGCUGACUGGUAGUGGAGCUGAUAGUGUGUGUUCUCUCUUUCCUUUCUUUGUGGAGGGGAAACACAUCUUGUCUGAGUGAGGCUAGAGAAAGCAUCACUUCUGAGUGAGGCUAGAGUAAGCAUCACUCAUAUACCCCCCCCCCUUCUCUCUCUCUCUGUCUCUCUCUCUUACACACACACACACACACACAAGCAUUAAACAACACACAUCCACAAAGGAAGACUGAGAGGAACUGCUGGUUCCCCACUGACUCACCACUAACACUAUUCCAUCAACAUGAAGCCAUUGUCACACCAUAGCAGCAGUGACACAGACAACCAUUAACAACAGAACAUUGGGACCAAGUCACAGUUUAUACAACAAAGGAUUUUACACAAUGAAGGUUUAAUAUUAUAAACCAUCUUUUUCCUGGAUACUGCGUUAAUAUCAAGAUCAGGAAUGUUGCUAUUUCUCUACGUUUUACUGACUUUCUUCGAUUGUUCUCUAAGUGAAGAUAUCACUUACCAUGUUGAAGAAGAGAAGAAUCCCUAUACUUAUGUAGGGGACAUUGCUACUGACUUACAGGAAUCAGACAACCCCUUCUUAAAAAAUAAGGAUUUAAUUACAUUUAGUCAACUCCAACAAAAGGGAGAACAGUUGUUCAAUGUGACGAAAACAGGUAAACUGUACACUGUUCAGACAUUGGAUGCUGAGUCUGUGUGUAGUUAUGAGAAAGAAUGUUUUGAAAUUGUUAAAGUUGCUGUUCACAAAUCCAAGACAUUUAUGAAGAUCUUAAAGAUUAAAGUCAUAAUAGAAGACAUCAAUGAUCAUCAGCCUGAUUUUCCUGAGAAAGAAAUCACUCUGCAUUUCAGGGAAGGAGAUGGUAAAGGUAUGAAGAAAACUAUCCCGGGUGCUAUUGACAAAGAUAUUGGAUACCAGAACAGCUUGAUUACAUAUGUACUAAGAAAUGAUAGAUAUUUUUCCUUAUCAGUCUCCAAAGAAGCUGAUGGUUUAUCAUCAUUAGAAAUUAUAUUAGAGGGUAAAUUAGACAGAGAAAAGGAGGACAGUUACAAUAUUGAAGUCAUUGCUAAAGAUGGAGGAAUUCCACCAAAACAAUCUGGUUUAAAUGUGAAAAUAUCUGUAGAAGAUGAAAAUGAUAAUAAACCAGAAUUUUCUCAAAGUAUCUACAAUGUCUCUAUUGAACAUAAGCAUAAAAAGAAUAUUCCAGUAGUCACAUUGUCUGCCAGUGAUUUAGAUAUUGGUAGGAAUGGUAAAAUAUCUUUCUAUUUUAGUAGAAAAACUCCUGAUAAAAUAAGGAAUAAUUUUGUAUUGAAAGAAAACACUGGUGUGUUGUAUUUAGCUAAACAAUUACAAAUUGGUAAAGAAGAAUCAUAUAAAUUAUACAUUGAAGCAAGGGAUGAAGGCAGUCCCCCACUAAGUUCCAUAGCUACUGUUAUAGUAAAUGUCAUCAACCAACACAACAAUCCCCCAAACAUUGAUGUGAAUUUUAUUUCUACACAGAAUCACAACACAGCUACCAUUCUGGAAGAUAUCAAAGUUGGUAGUUUCAUUGCUUAUGUGAUGGUCACUGACAAUGAUGUUGGACACAAUGGACAGGUGAACUGUCAUAUCAAAGAUGACACAUUCAAACUACAGUCAAUGGGAUCAAAGGAAUAUAAAAUAGUUCUAAAGAAAGCAGUAGACAGAGAGACAGAGGAACAUUAUCACUUUACUGUGUCGUGUGAAGAUAAAGGAUUACCUGCUCUGAAAACUGAUAAAGAUCUGUCAAUCCAAGUGUUAGAUGUGAAUGAUGUAGAACCACACUUUACGAAAGACAUAGCAGCUGUGAUAGUAUCUAUAGCUAUUGUGGUUUCUAUAACACUGUGUAUUGUGAGAUGUAACAAUGUGAGAAAUAGCUCCUCUGAAAGAACAGCAGAAGAGAAACAGGCAUACCAAUGUCGCAAUGAGAUGAGACAGUUGAUCUAUCAAGGUAACAACAGUGUAUCUGUGAUGUCAGGUAAUCGAGGAGAGACAUCAGACAGAUAUGGUCAUUCGAGGAGCCAUUACUAUCCAGAUGACUGGAAGAUGUCUACAAUGAACAGAAGUCUUCAAAAGUCUACAAAGCAGAAAUACAGUCAACCCAUUGAGGUAACAUCUUAUGGAGACAACAGACCAUCUUCUAACUAUCCCACUGACACAUUGACCAGUCGUAAGAGUAGUGGACAGUGCUGGAGUGAGCGGUCAAGUAGACAGUAUGAAGAAAUACCAGCAAUGUCAGGAAUCUAUGGUGGUGCCCCACCUGAUGUAUCAAGCACCAUUGAGAGAGACCAUUACCAAGACAGAUAUGUGAAACCUCCAGAGAGACAGUUACCUUCAACACCAGAUGUUGUUGUCAGUUAA